UAGUACUGGAGCUGGUCUCCAUCACUGACUGGGAUUUGCUUUGAGCUUGGGAAGACCCUGCUGGCCGGGGGCACGGUGGCCUUUUUGUGGGAUUCUACCUGCUGAGAUCUUCUUUUUUGUAUUUCAAGGUUAUUCUUCUCUGCUGCUGGCAGCGCAGAUUAACCCGGGCUGGACUUCCUGAAAGAUUUAAACCAGAGGAACAGGAUUCACUCUGCGGACUCAGAGGUCAUCCCACUGGCUAACUGUGAAGCCAUGUACCAGGCAGCUGUGUCCCAGCGAGCAGACAACACCAUUCCCAGCGCGGUCAUGGCGGACUCGGAGGUCUGUUUCCUGCCUGGGGGACUUGCAAGUGUGAGGAGGCAAUUUGAGACCCAGGAAACUGCAACAUCACACAAUGUUACCCAGUUUCACUUUCAUCACAGCAGUGUGCAGGAAAUGUCAGGCUCAGAGGUGACGGUGUCAAGCAGCAGCAUGCAGGUCAUCCCAGGCAGUCAGCAGCAACAUCUCCAAGAAACUAUGACACAGGUGUCAUGCAACGACAACAACUUGGAAUCCCUUUAUGAAAACCACCAAGAUGAAACAGAGGAGGAGCUUCCCAGGUACACAACAAAAGAGCUGAGGGAUCGCUUUGAAAGAAGUAUAGAAGAGGCUGCUUCACAAAAACAAGUUAAGAUUGGACGUCAAUUGGACAUCAAUCGAUCUAAGUGGUCUACACAUGUGACUCAAAAAAACACCGUGACUAGUGAAGUGUCUGAAGCGUCCGCUAUGGAAGCAACACAUGGCACAACAGUCUCACUGAUGGAUUACGAGGAUCUUCCACCGCCUCCAUUGGAGGACUCUGACUAUCUUCCUCCCCCUCCUCCAGAUUUGCUACAAAUGCCACCAGACAGUGAGCCUUGUCCAGCAGAUCAAUACUCAAAUGAGCCUCCAAGGCCAGUAAACACCUCCAAGCCCCAACUCAACAGAGAGGCUUACAUUAAGCAGAAGGGCAUGUCGGAGUUGAAGCGUCUGUAUAAGCACAUUCAUCCUGAGGUCCGCAAAAACAUUGAGAAAGAGUACUACAGUGAAUACAAUGGAAGUGAGAACAACCAUGUAGAGAACCAAGUGUAUAUGUACGAGGAGGAUGGCGGCAGUCCCGAUUAUAUGAAUGAAGAGGAAUAUGGAGAAUGGGAGGAGAUCCUCCCCGGAGAUGUGCAAUCAGUUCGUUGGAUGUUUGAAAACAAACCACUGGACACUAUUAAAGAUGAAAGCCCUGAUGAGGAUGAAGACGACAAGAAACUCACUCAGCAAGAGAUGAUUGUGGGAAAAGAUGUGAGACGCACAGCGUGGAUGUUUGAGACUAAGCCAAUCGAUGAGCUGGGCUCACUGAGCACCAACUCAACAGAAUAUAAGAACAAGUUCAAUAAAUUUGAGAAGGGCGAUGUCCGCGCUGCAGCGUGGUUGUUUGAAACCCAAACGAUGGACAAUCUAAACAAGAUGCACAAGGGGGAGGAUUUAACAAAAGAGAUUGAAUUUACUGAAGAGGAUGGACAUGCCACCAUUUACAUGAUUGACAAUAACUUUAUGGAGAACCUUGGGCACACUGAGACCAUUGACGAGAGCCAUCUGCUGAGCCUACGCUCAGUGUUAGAGGAGAUUCAUGAAGAAGUGAAAACUGUAACAAGUACUUUUGACACCCAGUUUAAAUGCAUCAUCAUGGGACAAUCGAGCCAGAUGCUUGAGAUUAAGUCCGUGCGUAAAAUUGAAACUGAACUGAGGAACUCUAUUGCCUCACGUUGGCUUUUUGAUACCCAGCCCUUGGACACGACAAAAGAAGAGCCGGGCCCUCUGAAGCUCGUAUGCAGUCUUUCCAUGGAGGACAGUAGUAAAGGAAACUUUGGAAGGUGGUUAUUUGAGAUCAAAACAAUAAAUUCUGUCAGCGAGUGGGAAAGUUCACAACUGGAGAGCAACGAGGUCCUCGGAGCUGAUGUGCGCAAACACUGCUUAGUGUUUGAAACCCAGCCGAUGGAUUCCCUGAAGGACGACUCCAAUGCCAGAUCUCAGACUAUCGAAGACAUUAUCGGGGGCAAUGUUAGAUCUGCCAGGCACUUUUUCGAAACCAGUCCUCAGGUAGCCAGGAAGAACUGCGCUGAAGUUGGAAAACUUAAAAUGGCAGCAGUGGAUGAAGAAAUUAAAGGGGAUGUGAGACACCAAAAGUGGCGAUUUGAGAGUCAGCCCCUGGAGCAAAUAAGAGAGGAGAAGAAAGACGUCAUUCGCACGGUGAAUAUUGACGAUGACCUCACGCAGGAGGACGGCACCAUCUGCAGGGCAGAUGUUCGCAAGAACUGCUGGGUAUUUGAGACGCAGCCAAUGGACACUUUAAAAGAUGACUCCAAUUCUCGCCCCCUUUCAAAAGAGGACGUUGUUGCAGGUAACGUGAGAUCAGCCAGAGAUUAUUUUGAAACGGUUCCAAGCGAAGAGCUGAAGGAGUUGGCAGAGGUGGGCAAACUUAAAAAAGCUGAAGCACUCGAGGAGGAGAAGGGUGAUGUUAGACAUCAGAAAUGGCGAUUUGAAAGCCAACCACUGGAGCAAAUAAGAGAUGAAAAGAAAGAAGUCAUAAGAACUAUCGACCUGGAAGAAAUCGAUAAAGUGGAUGUUUCAAAUUACAAGCACAUCUUUGAGAGCACAGAUAUAAGCAGGAGGGAUGAAUCUCAAAGGAUUCUCAUCGAGGGCGUAACAUCUGGCUCUGUGAAAUCAAAUAAAAACCUGUUUGAGUCCUCUGCGAUGUACGCCAUGCAAGACAGUGCAGGGCACUUCCAUCAGGUGAAAACAGUGCGGCGCGAGGAGAUCGUGAAAGGAGACGUAAGGACCUACAAAUGGAUGUUUGAGACACGACCAAUCGAUCAGUUUGAUGAAAGCAUCGUAAAUUAUCAAAUAAUCAAGGGCAUAUCCAAACAAGAAAUCGAAUCUGGUGACGUUACAACUGCUAAGUGGUUGUUUGAAACGCAGCCUCUUGAUGCUAUUAAGUACUUUAGCAACAUUGAAGAUGAGGAAACUGUGGUAAAAAGUCAAAAUCUUGAUGUGGUGAAGGGGGACGUGAAAACUUGCAAGUGGCUUUUUGAGACAAAACCCAUGGACAUCCUGUAUGAUAGAGCGGAGUUAAAAGAUGAAACCGAAUCCGAGGACGUGCGUAGAGGAGAUGUUAAAACUUGCACUUGGCUAUUUGAGACACAAGCGCUUGAUGCUAUCCACGAUGAAACAGAAACAAUCUUGAAAACAUGUACUGUAAAUCAAGAAGACAUUACAGGAAAGGAUGUGAGAACGGCCUGUUUUCUUUUUGAGAAUGAGAAACUAGAGAACCUCACUGGGGAGAAAACAGACUCUUAUAAACGGGUCACUGAGAUAGACUUCGCAUCUGGAGACGUGUCUAAGAUGAAGUUUAUAUUUGAAAACCAAACAAAUGAGAUUAUGACUUCUACAACUGAUGAAACGAUGCAAAACCUCAGGAAAGUUCAGACUGAGGACAUACAAGGAGGAAACGUUGUGAGCGGUCGAUGGCUCUUUGAAAACCAAUCUAUAGACACCAUAGGCCUACUUGAGAGCCAAGAGGAAUAUAAGAGCAACCGAACCGUGAGCGAUGUACAAGGUGGAGAUGUAUACAAGGGUCGUUUCAUCUUUGAGACCCAGUCUUUAGACAAAAUCCAAGAAAUUUCCCCUGAGACGGAGCCAAGGACAAUCCAGAGAAUUGUACGCGAUGAAGAAGAGAAGGGUGAUGUGAGAAAUUACACAAUGAUGUUUGAAACUCAGCCUCUUUACGCUAUUCAGGACAAAGAGGGCCAUUACCACGAGGUCACCACUGUCACCAGUGAGGAGGUGAAACAGGGAGAUGUCAUUGGAACCCGGUGGCUGUUUGAAACCAAGCCCCUUGAUGCCAUUAAGGACUCAGAGGAGGUCUAUGUCAUCAAAUCUGUCACGCAACAGGACGUCCAAAAAGGAGAUGUCACAUCUGCCAAGUGGAAAUUUGAGACACAACCUCUUGACACGAUUGCUGAAGAAAACAAGACUUUCAUAAAAACUGUAGAGGACAUUCAGGGGGGCAAUGUUAGCGUGAAUAGGCAUCGUUUUGAGACUGACACCUCGUCACAGGAUUCAGUUAGGACCGUUAAUGUGAGUGAAAUACAAAAAGGUGAUGUGAGGAGUGCAAAGUGGAGAUUUGAGACCCAGUCCAUUGACAAAAUAAAAAGCAUGAGCUCUGAAAACCUUAUUGAAACGGUUCAAAUGGAGGAUGUUGUUAAGGGAGAUGUUAAAAGUUCAGUCUGGCUUUUUGAGAAAAAUCCUCUUGACCACAUUAAAGAGGUAGACGAGGACGAGGAAACAGCCGUCACUGAGGAGAUUCCCAAAGCAGAUGUGACGACAAAAACGUGGCUCUUUGAAACUAAACCUUUUGAUGACUUUAAUGAGGCCAAAAUGGAAAAGACUGAAAUAUUUGGCAAAAGCAUCAAGGGAACUCUUGAAGAACUUUACAGUCAGAAGAUGGUGAAGUCAGAGGGCAUACUCAUUGAAGCUGAUGAAAUUGGGGAUGUAAGGAUGGCAAAAUACCAACUAAUGAAUACGCAAGCUCCGGAGAUUCAACGAGAAGAGGUGGUCAGGGGAGAUCUGCAGACAAUUAUGAUGAACCUACUGAACAAUCGGGAGAAGAAGGAGCAUCAGAUAGUCGUAGAUUCAGAAGAAAAGGGUAAUAUCAGUUCAACGGUACAGCAACUUUUCAAUCAACAGAGAUCUAGCGAUAUUGAAAAGGAGGAAAUACUUCGCGGAGAUGUUCAAGAAGCUAUUAAAAACCUCUUCAAUGACGGCGGGUCGGCCAAACACGGAAUACUCAUCCAGGAGGAUGAAAAAGGAGAUGUACAGAUGACUUUAUAUUCCCUUCUACAUCAAGAUGAAAAUGUUAAUGUUGAAAAAGAAGACAUCGUAAAAGGGGAUAUAAAGAGCGCUCUGCAAAGCCUGUCCAGCCUGGACAAGACAGGUCAGGCAGUGAAGAUAAAAGUAGAUGACACUGAAAGAGGAAACGUCAACUUUUACUCUACGUGCAUUGAAUCUGGAGCUCUGGACUAUCUUAAACAGCUCCACGUAGAACCUGACGACACACCUGCUGACACAGAAACAAAAGAGAAGAUUAUCGGGGGUGACAUUAAGGGGACCAAACUCAUCCUUGGCCGUAAUCAAACGCAAAUUGAGCGUACAGUGGAGGAUGUUAUCCCGGGAGAUGUUUAUAACACAGUGAAAGUCUUCAUGUCAGAGCCGACACUCUCAUUAGAAAGACUUCAGAAGGAGGAGGUGGUCAAAGGGGAUUUAAGGGCUACUUUGAGUUCAUUGUCUGAAUCAGUGAACCAGUCCAUAGUUGUGGAAAAAGAGGAGGUGGUGAAAGGCAACAUCCCAAAAGCUCUCCAGUGUUUGGAGAGAGCUCAGAGGAACUACAAGGAGGUGGAAAAGCCCGAUAUCAUACCAGGGAAUGUAAAAGGAGCAAUGAGAUCUCUUGAGAAAUCAGCAACAUCCAGAGUUGAAACUGUUGUUGAGGACUUAGUUCCAGUAGAUCUGAAAGCCACCCUGAAAUCCCUGGAGCUGGCGAAGCAAGCAGUGAGGGAAGUUGAAAAAGAAGAAAUUGUGCGUGGUGAUAUCCACAUAGCAAUGCAGAGCCUACAAGAUGCAUCCAGCGAAAAGAGAAAGGGCCAACAGGAAAUAGAUGUUCAGGGAGACGUCAGGGGGACGAUCCAGCUCUUCAGGGAGCCUCCAGCUUCCCCGAGGAUGCAGAGGAGGGCGAGUCUUGAGGAUGACGUGAAGGGUGACGUCAAGAUGUCGAUCAGAUCAUUAUAUGAGACACAAGAGCAAACUCAAACAGAGAAGGAAGAGGUGAUAAAGGGUGAUGUUAAAGGCACAAUUAAGUCGCUGUUGGAAACAGCGCAGCGUGAAUCUCCCAAAGUCAGGCACAAAGCGUACAGAAGAGUUCGAGUGCAGCAAAGCCCUCCUGUGAAAAACUUGAAUGAUGAUGCACUGAGGAAUGUGCAAACGGUAAAAACAGCGGAAAAAGAAGUUGUGGCAGUCAAUGAAAAUACCUCGAUCCAUUCUGGAAGUGAAACAGUUAAGACAGAAGUAAGUACUGUCAAGCAGUCUAGUCAGCAGUCAACGGUGGUGGAGCAUAAAACCAUCACCCAGAGUCACGGCGUCAAAACAGUAAAGACAGAGUUUCGCAAUCUUAAGUCAAGCUCAAAGGGGAUGAUAAAAGUGGGUAAGACCAAAGUAAAAACAAAUGUCCACGUGUUAAAGCCGCCAGCACCGGAGCCCGACCUGCCCCUCCCUCCCCCACCUCCACCAGUGACAGACACCGACCUUCCUCCUCCUCCUAGUCCGCUUCCUCCCUCUGCUGAUUUUGACGUGGAGCCUCUCCCUCCACCUCCACCGCCACCACCAGCGCUCGUCGGCGAACAGGACUUCCUCCCACCUCCUCCGUCUCUGCAAGAACUGGAGGCUAUGCCCGAACAGGCUGAUCAUCUUUCACCGGCAAAAGCAAAAAAGAUGACCAUCAAGAAAGUGAAAGCUCCCGUGUUACAUCCCGUACCGAAGCUGGAGCCCAAAGUGGAAAUCAGAAAAACGAAACAGGCAACAACAUCCGAGGAAAGAGUGGAAAUCGGCCACAGUCAAAUAAAAACAAGUACAGACAUUUCAAAGACCGUGGUGGGAGGGAAGUGGGAAGUACCUCCCCCGCCUGAAUCCCCACAACCACCAAGGAGAGUUUACACACCUGUGAAAUUCACUCCUCCGCCCUCUCCUACUCCUCUCGCAAGAGGGAAAAGCAGCAGAUUUAACACAGCAUUAAUAAAAGCAGAAGAGAAGUACCGUAAGCUGAAGGAAGAAUACACCCCCCCAAGUACACCACCUCCCAUUUUCAUACAUGACUCAGUUAGCGCCGCUCUCGAAAUGCUUUCUGCUAAAGAGCAGCCAGAUUACAGCGGCCCAGGAAUCACACAGGAGGGAGAUGAAAAGACUGCAGAUCUCGCCCAUUCACACUCUCUGGCGUGCGUUUCAUCCAAGCAGAGCGAUUCAUCCAAGCAGAUCGCGGUCUCAAAUACCACACGGAGCAAUGCCAGCGUGAGAAAUGAGAAAAUACAUGCAGAUUCUACAAUCAUAUCUUCUGUUAAACAGCAAGUUGUGUCUAACGAGACUUCUAAGGUGGUCUCCAUUCAAAAGACAUCCUCCGUCUCAGCUGUUACACAACACGUGCAUGCCACCACGCAGAAGACUGUGUCCGUUUCCUCCAAACAGUCUGCUGCAUGUGUCACGUCAGACGAAGUCCAGAAGUCGCUCACUGAAUCUACAAAGACUGAAAGUAUGAAUUAUAAAAUAAAGGGCUCAGAGAAAAGUGAAGAUCGAACCGAAAAGAAAACCCUUGCUCAAAAUGUGACACCCACAACAGAUGCAAAGCAGUUAUCCGAGGACUUAUCUACACCAGAAAAUAUUAGCUCCUUGGAAAGCAAAGAGGUCAAAUCAUUGCAUGAUACAAACAAGAAGAAAUCUGACUCUUCUCCUGCAGGGAUCCAAGAAAAUGUUUCCACACAGCCAACGCAAACAGAAAAGGCAUCUACAAAUAUUAAUGGGAAAACAGGCAAACAAAACCAAAAAGGGAAAAAGAACAAUAAAGAAGACAAGGCAGCGGAUGUAAAAGUGCCCAGCGAGAGCGAGAAGCCAAGUCUCUCCCAAAAUUUGAAACAGGACAUGAAGGGAGGCGCAGAGCUAAAGCUCGGGAUAAAGAAAGUCACGUUGUCUCCUCCUCCUGCUGCUGCUGUUGCUGCACCUGUGAGCAAUGCAGACAACCAACCAGAAACUCCAGCUCCGCCAAAGAAGAAAAAGAAAUCCAAAAAGGCUAGAGCGGCUGCACAGGCAGGUCAGGGUAAAGAUAUUCUCACCGGGGCAAAGACAGAGACAAAAGAAACCAUCAAAUUAACAUCUGAACAAAGUCAUCAGAGUAUGAAAGAAGUGCACACUCAAGUCAAAAAAGAAGCCGGGACUGACAGUAAAGAUGCCCAGAACUCCCUGCAGCAAAAGGCCUCUCAAAAGAACGCAAAAGUAUCUCAAAAGAAAGGAGCAUCAGUUACUGAGGAGAACACUGAGGAACCACCAAAACAAAGUAGGGAUUCCUCAAUUACCGUGACAGGAGAGUCGGCACAAAAUGAACUUGUACAAUCCACGAUGAGAAUAGAAGAAUCUCAGAGGCAAGAGGUCCAAGUGUCAAUCUCUAGCAGCACAACGAUACAAAGCAUUUCAAAGAAGACCAAAUCAAAAUCUGCGAAGAGCCUGUUGAAUGAUGCGCCAGAGAGGCAAUUAGCAGCAGAAACAAAGCCUCAACUAGAAGCAUCUGCAGCAGAAAUGGAUGCUCAGAAAAAUAAAGAAAGCCUCUCAAAUGUAAGGACACUUGUAGAGUCUGAAGUGAUACAUCUAGCAGGUGAAAUGAUGGAAAAGCACGAAUCUGAGCCGGUUUCAGAGAAAGACUUGACUGGUCCAGGAAUGUCAAAAGCAUCCAAGGCCAGUACUGGUUCUUCCAAAGUUGAGAGCCAAAGUCAGAAAAGAACGUCACAUGAAAGCAGGAAGGAAGAAGUGAGUCUGAGCAAAUCCGUUGACCUUCGAGCUCCGUCACCUUUACUCAGGAUGCGCUCUCCCUCGCCGACAUUUAUCACCAUCGAGUCCCUAAGAAGAACCGACUCUCCCCAAAGAGUUACUCCGUCACCUACUCUGCUGCACAGGCCGCCCACGCCUCCGACUCCUCCGCCACGCAGGUGCGACACUCCGACGUCUCGCAUCACCAGAAUCACCCCUUCUCCAACUUUUGACAGAGCGGAAAAUUUGGCUCGGCUAAAGGACACCACGGCGAAGCUCUCACGCGGCGUCACCCCCCCGCCGCUGCUCACCCAUCAAAUCCCAGAGAAGAAAUCAGAAAUAGUGGAACUGCCCACAUCAUUCCAUCGGCAAAUCAAAAUUGAGUCCCAAGUCGCGGAGGCUUCGGGGGAACUGCCUGAAACAGAAAAGCCCAAGAAGAGUUUAUCAGAGGAGUUUCAUCUUGUGGACGUAAAAGGAGAGUAUGAAGCUCAGGGUUGGAAUGGAAACGACAUAGAAAGUAGCUCUGAGAAUGAUGCAAAUCUCCUUGAACCUUUGGAUGAUUUAGAACGAUCUUCUGCAUCUGUCAAAGAAAAGAGAGAGUUUUUCGAAGAGGCUCAAAAAGCUGAUAUAAAUAAGACCUACGUACGCAAGGAGCCCAUUGCUAUCCCUGAACGGCUGGGCCCAGAGACGGAGGAGCUCGAGGCGGAAGAUAAAAGCGCGGAAAAUGAUGAUUUUCCGAGGGCAGACUUAUCUAGUCUUGUAAACAAAUUUCAAUGCUCAGAGCACCUUACGAAUGACGCUGAAAGCACAGAAUGUGACAAACACAAAGCCGACAUCACAGAGCAGGAGAUGCCAACUUUUGACAUCCGGGCUAUUAAAAAUGUUUUUGAACUGAGCGAGGAAACUUCUUCCCUCAAAGAAGGGAAAAUGGAUCAGGAGGAGUUUCUGUCAAGCAUUAGUGAAACAACAGCAGACACUUCAAAGCAGGAAUGCACCCAAGAGACAAAGAGAGACUCAAGGCGGAGCAGUCCCCUCUCUCUGCAGAAAGACGAGGCAGAAACCGUACCAGCACAACCACCAGCCUUCUCUGAAACCAAAGCCGUCACAGAAACUUUCUCCAAGGUCGAUGAAUUUGGCAACAAGAUCACGGGAUCAAAGACCGCGGUCACUGAGCGCACUGAGAGCGUCUCAUCCCAAGUGACGCCCUUCUCCUACGCCGAUGCAGUGAAAAGAAAAGCCGCGAGGCAGACGCAAGCCUGCGAUGAAGAUGCUACAGAAACACUGCUGCAAGAUUUCCAUAAAACAUGGACAGAGAGCGAGACUGUUUUCAAGAGUCUUGGCUACACCAUUUCUGAGGAGAGUACAUCACAAGCUGUGUCACAUCAGAUGAUCGUCUCAUCGGGUUCGAGUUCCGAAGUCGGAGCUCUGUACGGUGUGUCGGAAGAGAGCUUAUCCGAUGGACGCUUUGAUAGUGGACAAAAAGAAGUAUCAUAAAUCCUGUUUCUGCUGUGAGCACUGCAAAAAUAAAUUAAGCCUGGGAAAUUAUGUCUCUCUUAAUGGCCAUUUCUACUGUCUACACCAUUACAAACAACUGUUAAAGUCUCAAGGGAACUCCGAUAAUGGACUUGGCCAGAAAGCUCCCGCAGGAAGUGGUGGACCGAUCCCCCAAGAUGAGAAACUCGAAUGGAGAUAUUCUACAAGUAGCUUAAAUUCUGUAGACAAAGCCCACAGAGGUGAAAACGAAUUAACUAAAACAAUGGAUGAAAGCAAACCACAGGGUAACAAAAUAGCUGUAGUGUGGCCCCCACAGGCUAAUCCACCCAAGAAAGCAUUCAAGAUAGAGGAAGACAUUCAGUUAACUAAACCGCAGUGGCCCCCAACCGAGAGCUCCCCUACAUCUCCCAAACACCAGCACAGAAAAGCUGUUCCCAGAAGUAUCCUUUGAAAUAAAGUUUCAUCAAAUACAUUCUAAUAAUAAGCACAAAAGACUGAAUGGUUUGGUAAGAUUCUAUUGAACAUGGUCCUGUAGGUAUAAUUAAGGAAGUGUUUGGAUUGAGAUUGUGCAGCUAAGUGAAACAAAAGGGAAUAUGUCAAGUUAGACUAUGAAAGGAAGGUGUGUAUAUACAUAUAAAUGGUUUGGAAAAGCAGGUUGUAAUUGUAAGUUUGAUAAGAUAGAUGAUGAUAAUGUGUAGAAAGUGAUUGCAGACAUGAAGUAGGCCUGAACUGUUGUGUCAUUUUCCAUCUACUACAGUUUGUUUCCAUCAUUGUUUUCCCUGAUUAUCAGCAGUCACAUAGACGCACCGGUCCGCGUCAAUAACCACUUUAACUAGUGACUCUCCUCCUAUGAAUCUAACUGUAUGGAAUUAAAGAGCAAUGGAUUUAAUUUGUUAUAACUAUAAGUUGUAUAAUGACUGUGACUGCUGUUUAAACUUGAUUUUAAUUUGACUGUUUUCAGCUCAAGUUUGGGGUUUUUGUCUUCAACAUCGCAAAGUCAAAGCAUCCAUGAGUUGCUGUUGUUUGCUUUUAAAAAACAAAAAAAACAACCAACAACACCCCAUUUACUUAUUCAUUUUAAUUUGAAAGAAAUUAGUUAUUAAAGUCUCCAUUUUUUUCUUUCUUUCUUUUUUAACUUUUUCAUGUCAGUUCAAUACAACAGUCUCAAUAUUCUGCUUUUGUAUAAUUUUUUCAGGAUUACAUCUCAGCGUAACAUUUUGCAUUUACCUUUUUUAGCACCUGGUGUGCAAACAACUAAAAUCCUCUCCCUAUUAUUUUAUUUGUAAUACUGAAGGAAUAUAUUAUAUACAAUUGAACUGGUGGUAACCAUAUUUGUAUCCAGUUUCAACAAAAAAUAUUUUGAAAUGAAGAAUUGUAUCUGUUAUUCUCUCUAUUUUUUAGAUUAGACAUUAUAUCUUACUUUGUACAAGAAACUAAAUAUCAUGCUGUCGACCCGGCUCACUUACUAUGUUGCUGAUUUAAAGGCAAUAAAGUGUUAAAUAUCAUUGUUUCCUUUGUUUCUUUAAAGGUCUUAGAUAAUUAGAAAUAAAAAUGUGUAGUAUGCUGUUAGUCCUGCCACACAACUGGACAA